AAAAAAUUCGAAUUCGCUCCUAAUUGUCAUUAGUUGACUUUCUCUUUGAUUAACAUUUAAAUUGUUUUUUCUUCAUUAAUUAAUCAAUUUUUUCUUCCAUUUGUGAUAAUUAAAGUAGUAAAUUAAUCGAAAAGUGAUAUAUUAAUUCUUGGUUUAAUAUAAAAUCUUUUGUGUACCCUGUAUACUCAUUCACUUUCAUUUGGGUUAACCCGCGUGUUUCUUACUUAUUAUCUCAUCUCUUGAUCUUUCUCCUGGUAAUCAUGUCUACACCAACUAAUCGUGCUUUCAGUCAUUUAAUUUCAAUACGUUGGGAUUGUUGCAAUGGAUUAGGUCCAGAGGCCAUUUUAUCUCGAGCUAAAGAUUUACUUAAAACCAAAUUCACUGUUAACCCUUCUUAUGAAGCUCAACUUCCUGGUGACGGUGGUUCCAUUGCCUUGUUCUCAUCUAUUGAAUCUAAUUUAACGGUUCUUCUUCGCCGUUACAAUGCAAAUCAACUAAUCACAUUUAAUAUUGAAUAUCCUGUUACAUGGGAUCAAUCAGCUUUAGAUAGUCAAAGGGCAAUCAGUCGUAAGGUUGACGAUCUUAAAAAUGAACUUAACGAUUUUCUCGGUGGCGGUGUUGAGAAAAUACCAGCUCUUAAGUUAGGAACCUCAGUUCCUAAUUACUAUGCCUCAUCUGAUGAUCGACUACUUGAAUAUGACUUCGAGCAAGUUUUGUUUGAUAAAAAAUCGGACUAUCAGCAAGUGAAAAUACUUAAAUCUAAGACGCUUGGAAAUGCGCUGUUUCUUGAUGAUCUGCAAAAUUUGGCCGAGAAAGAUUUACCCUACACUCAUGGAUUGAUGCACUUUGGACACUUUGAUUACAAGGAUAAAGACAUUUUAAUUCUUGGCGGUGGUGAUGGUGGCCUUCUUCAUGAACUGCUCAAAGAGAAUCCUAAACAUGUUAUUAUGAUUGAUAUUGAUCAAGUUGUAAUUGAAUCUUGUCGAGUUCAUCUUCGUGGUGCUUGUGGUUCUACAAUGGAUCAGAUGAAAACUGAUAAAUAUGAAAUUAUUGUCGCUGAUUGUAUCAAGUAUCUGGAAGAAUAUGCAACUAACGGUAAAAAGUUUGACGUUAUUUUCAACGAUCUAACGGAUAUUCCUUUGAGUAGUGACAGUAAUGAUCAAGUCGCUUCCGAUCUUUGGUCAUUUAUUAAAAAAAUACUUUUACUCUCUUUUAAAUGUUUACCCGCCGGUGGUAAAUAUUUCAAUCAUGCGAUUGGAUCGGGUUGUACCUCCGCUCUCGAGGCCUAUGAAAAUGUCCUAAAAGAUUUACCUUACAAAAUUCAAUUCUCUGCUCAUGCAUCUUUUGUGCCCUCAUUUUUGGAAGAAUGGGUUUUCUAUGAUAUAACUAAAUUGGAAUAAAUUUUCAUAUUCAUGAAUUGAGAUCCUAAGAAUUUGGAAUCGAUCCAGAAAAGUCCAAUUUUCUUCUAUUAAACUCAAACAAAAGAGCAAUGGACUAUUUUUCGUGCUCUCACACUUUUUGCAAUAUCAACUAUUUCCAUCUACGAUUUAUCCUCGGUAGAAUUUUUUAGUUGUAUCAAUAGUAUUCACUUUAUACUUGCUAUCAUUUUUUCGUUCUAUCCUUAUAUCCUUAUAUUUCCUUCCAAGUAUCAAUUCCGAUCAAAAGACAAAAUUUACAAAAGAUUUUCAUGACGAGGAAGAUGAAACCAAACGGAUAACAGAAUCAAACCCACAACGAUCACAUUCACUGAUAAAAAAAAUCGAUCUCAAAUUCAAAUGCAUCAUAUUAAUCAAUUCUAAUUUGUUUACAAAGAAAAACAAAUUAAAGGAGAGUAAUAAUCAAUAAUUACAUUGAGUAAAAAUUAAA